AUGCGCCAGGAUUGGGCGACUUUUCAGCAGAGGUACCAGGAUGAAGUCCAAGAGCAGGAGGACUUCAGAUACCAUAUGAUCCCCGGCAAUCAACAAAGGCCGGAUGAACACCAACAAAAUCCCCGACGUGACCUGGAUGACUAUUCAAGAAAUCCGAAAAGCAGUCAACUCAACACAAGAAGCACUCUCCAGAGACAUGCGCCUGAUCUGCGCUCGAGCCGGAUCAGUAAGUCGCACUACCACCCCGAUGGGGGUUCAUAG